CAACGAAAAGGCGGGAAAUGUGUGGACGUAUUGACUGAACGACUCGUCAAUGCUUUCUAAUAAUGACAUCAUUUUUAAGGCAAAAAACAAUAAACAAAACAUCAAUUGAUUUGAAGUUUGCGUUUAAUUAACGUUACAUUUGUUGUUAAGUUUGUGUUUUGUGUUUCAAUUCAGCGUUUAUUGAAUCGUUUGGUCAUCACAUCUGAAGAGGAAUAAUGUCGACGACAUCGCAGAAACACCACAACUUCGUGUCGGAACCGAUGGGCGAAAAGCCGGUCACAGAUUUGGCCGGCAUUGGAGAGGUGUUGGGCAAGAGGUUGGAGGGAAAGGGUUUCGACAAAGCUUAUGUGGUUUUGGGACAGUUUUUGGUGCUGAAGAAGAAUCAGGAGCUGUUCGUCGAGUGGCUGAAGGACUUGAGCGGUGCGAACGCCAAACAGGCGAAGGAUUGCUGCCAAUGCUUAGGCGAGUGGUGCGACCAGUUCUUGUAGACCACACUCAGACACCACUACAUCACACCAUCGCUGCCAACACUUCACUCCUUUUAUUUAUCGUCUCUUUGCGGCAGUUGUUUCUCGAAAUGCUUUUAAUUACAACUUUUUUUUACAAUCAAAUUAAUUUUCUUCUCUUUAUUAUAACGAUUACUAAUUAUUUUAUUUUUCGUGAAUUUAUGGCUAAAAUAUAUGCAAUUAUUCAUAUUAUUUGAGUUUUUAAUUUAUGUGAUGAGAAAUAUGACCACAAUUUUGAUUUGAUUUGUUUUAACGUUUUUAAUGCAGAAUAUUUUCUCAAUAAAUACAGUAAUUAUUAAUUAAAAA